AUGUACCUUUUCUGCAAGCGCACCGUAGUGGCGCGGCAGAUCUCAAAGGCGUGGAACCAAGCGUCGAACGGGAAGGCGGGGCGUGUGCACCGCACAAUUUUUAACCUCGCGCGAAGCAUGAUUUUUGCCUGCGCGCUGCCACUCAACUUCUGGGGCAACACUGUGUUUUACGCGAUUUACGUGCUAAACAGAAGCCCGACGAGCUCUUACCGGAACGUGUGUCGCCACUCGAAACGCUGA